UAGAGCGGAGGAGCAGAGUUUGAGAGGAGCGUCGGGUUUGCGACGGGGGUAAUUCGCGUUUAGCUCAGUUUGGCGUUUGCAGCGACACGCAGCAUUUCGGAGCUCGACACGAAAGGAGGAUGAACCCAUGAAUGCACGCGCUGCUUGCGUUACAGUCGCAAUAAUGAGUGAAAUAGACCGUUCUGCUCUCCUUUCAACUUGAGAAAACUGUGAAACUCCGGAGUUAUACGCCAAGACCGGACAGGGAGCGCCACAGAGUAUCUCGUGCUGUAUCAUUGUUUAUUUUGGAAUACGCGAGGGGAUGCUGUGCUUCUGACAGGAAAAAGGGAUUUCCUGAAAACUAUCGCUGUUGUAUGAUGUUGAUCCCAGCCAGUGAACUGGACGCUUCUCUUCUUUAACGCGGGUUAGCUCUAAAGUGGAUUGAUUAUGUAGCGAGAAUUUUUUUUUGUCUUUUCACUGAAAACGAACAAAUGCACGCGCAGCUUUUGAACUGUUCGCUUAAAAUGUCCAAGAUGAGCAGAUUACGGAUUGCAAAGGGGGUUGCGCUUCGUGCUUGCCCGAUAUUGAAAAUUAUUUUCUUGACUUCCUUCUGGAGAGUGGCAGAGUGCAGGGGAGUGUCAGACGCCCAGCCCAGGUUCUCCUCCUCUCUCCCCACCUACCUGCCGGUGUUGUACCAGGUGCAGGGCGCAGAGCCCGCCCUCUUCCUGAAGGAGGCGGGGCAGGAAGUGAUGCGUAACGGCAGUCUGCACACGCGCAGCGAGGCCUUCCUGCUUCGGCAGGCGGAGGGCCUCCCGUCCGUCUCCUGUAGCUACGGCAACGUCUCCGUGGAGACGGCCGUCCCCCUGGAGCUGCUGCAGGCCACGCCCCCCCUGCUGCCCGGCUCCGCCCACGUCACCCUGGGCUGGCAGGUACGCGCACAGGUGGUGCAGUCCCGCCUUAGCCCCGCCCACCCGCGGCUGCAGGUGCUGUUCUACCUAUCGGGCCGCCGGUGGGAGGAGUCAGCACCGCUGCCCCAGCCAAUGCCCUGCGUCUCCGCCCUGGCGUUCCGAGGCUCCGCCCUCAGCGCGGCAUCAUGCCGGCUGCAGGGCAUUGUGGGUAUCUGUGUGGCGGAGCUGGAGCUGCCCCCGGCCUGGUUCCCCCCCGCCGAGGGGCCGGCGUCUCUCUUGCAGCUGCAGUAUCUCGUCCAGCCACAGGGGGGCGCCAGCCGGGCCUGCACUGCCCCCUCAGAGCCCCCGAAAAGGCCCCCCGCCAGCUUCCUGUCCGGACAGGAAGAGGGGCCGGCUGACCUGCAGCUGAUUGGCUCUGUGGAGCUGCUGGGCGAGGAGGAGGAGCCUCAGCCGACCAAUCUGAGGCUAGAUGACAGCGUGCAGAUACAGGCCCCGCCCAGCCCGGUGCAGCAGGGACAGCCAAUCGGGUUCCGUGUGCUAAUGAGCUCCGCCUCUACUGUGCAGCAGUUCACCCUCCGAGCGCGGUACCAGGAGGGGGUGAACUUCCGGGGCAUGACCCCCAGUAACCUGGCCUCCUGGGAGAUCAAGCAGGAGCUGCUCCCGGGCCGAUCCGGCCUGUCCGUCUUCUUCCAGCGCAACCCCAGCUCUGUGGGAGACAGGCUGCAGGGCUCCUCGUACGAGGUCACGCUGGUGGAGUUUGAGGUGGAUAACUUCAUCAGCCUGCAGCCCACUCAGGCUGUGCACUGGCAGGUCCAGUACCCAGACUCCACCGGGGAUCUGGCCGAGGUGGUCUCCUUCAUCUACAUCAGCCAGAGAGACCUGCAGGGCAUCGUGGCCCUGGCACAGGAGACAGAGAUCUUGAACACAGCCAUCCUCACGGGUAAGCGUGUGUCGGUUCCGGUGAAGCUGGUUACCGUGGAGAGAGACGGAACCGUCAGGGAGGUGGAGGAAAGCAUCAGCUGCAGCUCCACUGAUGAGGACGUCGUGAAGGUGGCGCCGGGGUGUGACUCCGUGCUGGUGAAUGGGAGGGAGAUGCGGGGGAAGCAGUCUCUGCGGGUGAACUUCUCUUACCUGUACCUGCGCACUCACCUGGAGCUGACGGUGUGGGUGCCACGCCUGCCCCUGCAGAUCGAGGUCUCUGACACCGAGCUCAGCCAGGUGAAGGGCUGGAGAGUGCCCAUCCUGUCCAACAAGAGGCCGACGCGGGACAGUGAGGAUGAGGAUGACGAAGAGCGAAAGGGAAAGGGCUGUGCGCUGCAGUACCAGUAUGCCCUGGUGCGGGUUCUGACCCAGUUUGUGGCCGAGCCGAUGGAUGUGGGCGGGGAGCUGGUGUACCUGCUGGGGCCGGACUGGCAGGCUGACAUCACUCACCUGGUGCUGGAGUUCUUCAAGGUGGAGGACCCUCGGGUCGCUCGCCUGCUGGACGGCAGAGUGCUGGUGGGCAGAGACCUGGGCAUCACCACCAUACAGGUCCUGUCCCCUCUCUCUGACUCCAUCCUGGCAGAGAAGACGGUGACGGUGCUGGAUGACAAGGUGACCAUCACAGACCUGGGGGUGCAGCUGGUCGCCGCCCUCAGCCUGUCCCUCCAGCCCAGCCCUGGCAACAGCCAGGCCAUCGUCGCCACGGCGACCGCGCAGGACCUGCUGCACUCCCCAAAACAGGAUGCCAUCCUCAGUGUGUGGAUCCAGUACAGCGAUGGCUCUGUGACCCCGCUGAAUAUUUACGACCCCAAAGACUUCACUCUGACGGCCACUUCCCUGGACCCCCGUGUGGUGUCCGUCUCCCAGGAGAGCGCCCUCCGGUGGCCGGGCGUGGUGGCGGAGGGGGAGGGGCAGGGCCCCCUGGUGCGGGUAGAGAUGGUCAUCUCCGAGGCCUGCCAGAAGUCCAAGCGGAAGAGCGUCCUGGGGGCGGGCACGGGGAGCGUGCAGGUGAGGUUUGGGCGGAGCGAGGCGGAGCAGCGGGGGGCGGGGCAGGAGGAGGGCGGGUGGAGCGCUGGGGGGAACAGCACGGGCGAGCGGAGGGUGACGGGGCAGGAGCGGGCGGAGGACGAGGGCGAGGCCUGGAGGUACAACAGCGUCGCCUCCGACCGCGAGGAGGGCGCCAUGAGGAAGGGCAGCACCACCAAGACCCCCAUCAGCAGCCGCGCAGCCGGCCCCCGCGCCCCGCCCAGCCCCCCCGGCCCCCUGCCCCCCGCCGGGCCCGAGAGCGACCCGUCCCACGGCCAGCGUGGGCUGUCCGACCUGGAGAUCGGCAUGUACGCCCUGCUGGGCGUCUUCUGCCUGGCCAUCCUCGUCUUCCUCAUCAACUGCAUCACCUUCGCCUUCCGCUACCGCCACAAGCAGCUCCCAGUGCUGGAGCAGGGCAGCCUGAACCACGCCCACGACUGGGUGUGGCUGGGCAACGAGCCCCACGGCCAGGCCCCGCCCCACGCCCACGACUGCACCACCAUCAUCGACCGCGCCGAGGCCUACGAGGAGAGCAAGUACCUGCUGAACGGCGGGCAGAAGGGCGGGGGGGGGGCCCUGCACUGCCCCCCCGACCCGGGGCCCUGCAACGGCCAGGAGCCCCAGACCCCCCUCAACAACUCCCCCAGCGCCAAGCGCAAGCGCGUGAAGUUCACGUCCUUCACCACCAUCCUGCCCGACGACGGCGGCCCCUACACCAACUCCAUCGUCAUCGGCAACGAGGACGACAUCAAGUGGGUGUGUCAGGACAUGGACCUCAGCCAAUCGGCCGAGAUCAGAACCUACAUGGAGAGGCUACAAGACAAUCUGUGAGGGGUGGGGACGAGACACAGGAUUUUAACUCACCUAUGAUGCCUUU